GUAAACAACAGGGCAUGGUGCCUGCCGUGCAGUGGGCGCUCAGAAGUAGUACUCAUUUCUUCUCCCUGCUGAACGCUUGCCCAUCCUUCAAGGCCCCGUCAGUUGUCAGAUGCUCUACGUCUUUCCUGAACCUCAAACGUCCCUGUUUCCUUUUGAGAUGUAUACUCAGACUACAGUUCUUAUCCACAGCCUGCUCUGCGCCCCCUGGUAGCAUAUACGCCAUGGGUCAAGCGCCUACGCGUCAGCAUCCCUGGCCGCCCUCCGAGCCUCAAGUACACCAAUGUCUUGCCUGCCACAGGACCCGUACGCGCGUUGUGCCCUCUGCCGGCCCUCCUCUUAACUAUCCCCCUCAGCGAGGCCUUCCCCAGGGCCAGUCCAAAGUCGGCUGGUAGGUCAUUCUCACUGCAGCAGGCCACCGUGCGACUGCGCCCGAGGAAGCCGUAGCCCCAACAUCCAGCACAAGGCCUGGCACAAGGGAGGAGCUUGGAGCUAAGAGUCAGGGUUCCAACCGCUGUCUGCGUGUAGCACAGCGGGUGAGGCUUUGGGCCCGCCACGACCCACGAGUCUGGCCCGGGGAGGACUUGCGUCCUGCCUCCAGAACUUUCCCCGACGUCCUUGGACCUAAAACCACAGUGCCGCGGUCGGGGCUGACGCUCGGGGGUGUGAAGCCAAAGGAGAGAGCGAGGGCCGGGAGGGAGGGUCCGUCCCGCCCUGCUCCUCCGGGGUGCACUGCACACCUCCCUGCGCCAGGAGCCUGGGGACCGGCGCCCUUCCCGGGCCGCGGGCCGACAGCGCUGUACCAGCGACCCCUGCUGUCGCCCUUCCCCGCCGGCAGCGCACAGCGAUCCGCCCACCCCUCGGCUUUGCUGCUCCUCCGUCCAGGCACGAGGCUGCUCUAAGCGCCGCCCGAGCCUUCGACCCGACGACGACUCCCGCGCACGCGCUCACACGCUCCUGCCAGCGUGCGUCCGGACGUGCCGCUCGGGUCGCCGGGGCGGCGGCGUCUGGAAACACACAGCUCGGACCCCGAGCCCCAGCCAGCCGCUCCAAGCCCACGAGGACGACCGGGCGCCUGCGCGCAGGCCACCGGAAAUGACGGCAGCGGGAAGUGACGCCACCGGAAGGGGCGCUUGGGGGUGCGCCAUGGCCCGGGAGGCGGUGGCGUGGCCGCCCGAGGAGACUCUGUCGCUCUGGAAACGGGAGCAAGCCCGGCUGAAGGCCCUCGUCGUGGACCGGGACACGGAGGCGUGGCAGCGGGACGCCGCCUUCUCGGGGCUGCAGAGGGUCGGGGGCGUGGACGUGUCCUUUGUGAAGGGCGACAGUGUCAGCGCUUGUGCCUCCCUGGUGGUGCUCAGCUACCCUGAGCUCGAGGUGGUGUAUGAGGACUGCUGCAUGGUUAGCCUGACGGCGCCCUACAUGUCGGGCUUCCUGGCCUUCCGAGAGGUGCCCUUCCUGGAGGACGCAGUGCAGCGGCUGCGGGAGAAGGAGCCCCGCCUCGUGCCCCAGGUCCUCCUUGUGGAUGGAAAUGGGGUUCUCCACCACCGAGGCUUCGGAGUGGCCUGCCACCUCGGCGUCCUCACAGACUUGCCCUGCAUUGGGGUAGCCAAGAAACUUCUACAGGUGGACGGGCUAGAGAACAACGCCCAGCACAAGGAGAAGAUACGACUUCUGCGGGCUGGAGGAGAUUCAUUUCCUCUAAUAGGAGGCUCUGGGACUGUCCUGGGCAUGGCCCUGAAGAGCCACGACCACAGCAGCAAGCCCCUCUACAUCUCUGUGGGCCACAAGAUAAGCCUGGAAGCUGCCGUACGCCUCACUCGAGGCUGCUGCAAGUUCCGGAUCCCAGAGCCCGUGCGCCAGGCUGACAUUCGCUCUCGAGACUACAUCCGCAGGACCCUGGGAGUCCCCGGGCCCCCCGCACCAGGGCAGGAGAGGAGCCAGAAGGUGCAGAGGCCAAAGAUGUGCCCUCAGGAAGGUUUGGAAGAGCCGGAAGGUGAGGGCAGGCCCCCCGAGGGCCACAGCUGAGGCCCCAAGACACCGGCAGGGCCAGCAGCGGCAGUGGGGAGCUGAGCUGGACAUGGCAAAGAGCUCAGGCUGCCUAACUUCCUGCCCCUGCCUGGAGUAGUGACUGGGGGCACGGCCCCCUCAGUAGCAGGUAGAGCGCCCAGGCCCCAGCGCACGGCGGCUGCACCACCCACAGGGACGGCAGCAGGCUUGGCCCCGCUGGGAUGGGCCCGGGGGACGGCCCCUCCUGCUCCGAGGUCUCAGUCACAAGGCUGUCAAGAGCUCCGCACGAGACAGAUCUCACACCACAGAGCAUCAGCCCUAGAAGGAGCCUGAUGUUGCUUUCCCAGGAGCACGGGAAGGACAUUUAAGGUUCAUGGGGAUUUUUUGGUGUGUUUUGUUUUUUUCUAAAAGUGCCCAGUUGGGCUUAAGACUACCAGACUACGUGUCUGUCCCCGGC